UUUGCGGCGCAAAGGCGCUUAAGGGGGGAUGAGCCAGCCGCUCUCCUCCUCCUCCUCGGCUGCAGAUCCGCUCCCUUGUGUUCCCGGAGGCAGACGCGGCCUCGUCUCCGGCGGGAACAUGAAGGUGAAGAAGGGGAGCAGCGCCGGGGCGGCGGGCGGCGGGGGAGGCAUGGGGCCGGGGCCCGGGGGGGCGGCGGCGCCCUCCUCCGCCUCCUCCUCCACCUCCUCCUCCUCCUCGGGGGCCUCCUCCUCCUCCUCCUCGGCCCUGUGCAGCGAGGAGGAGCUCCUGCGCAAGGCCAGCAUCAGCCCCGAGGACGUCUUGGGGCUCCCCAAGAUCACCUCCGAUUAUUUAUGCACUCCAGAGGAGAACGUGUACAAGAUAGAUUUCACUCGCUUCAAAAUCAGAGACAUGGAGUCCGGCACCGUCUUGUUUGAGAUCACUAAACCCCCAGCUUCAGAGCGCGAGCACAGCAACAAGAAGGACAUCGAUCCCAAUGCCGGGCGGUUUGUGCGCUACCAGUUCACGCCGGCUUUCCUUAGGCUGCGGCAAGUCGGAGCCACGGUGGAGUUCACAGUGGGCGACAAACCCAUCAACAACUUCCGCAUGAUCGAGCGGCACUAUUUCCGGGACCAGCUCCUCAAGAGCUUUGACUUUGAGUUCGGCUUCUGCAUCCCCAGCAGCAAGAAUACCUGCGAGCACAUCUAUGAGUUCCCCCAGCUCUCCGAAGACCUCAUCCAGGAAAUGAUCAUCCAUCCCUACGAGACUCAGUCGGACAGUUUCUACUUUGUGGACAACAAACUGGUCAUGCACAACAAAGCCGACUAUUCCUACAGCGGUGGGCCGUGACCCAAGAGAGACGUAGUUCCCUGUAGGAAACGGGCCCCAGGUCCCGUGUGUUGGCGUCGCGGAGGACUUCGGCGGUGCGGAAAUGGGAGUUUUGCGUUUAGUCUGAGCUUCACGAGGAAAGACCCCGUUUCCCGCCUCUCCUGUCGUCCUCAAAAAUCAUAGCACUGUGUAGGACAAAGGUAUAUUUUGAGUCUCGGAUCUUUUGGGACACAUUUCCCCCCUUGUUUUGUCGGAUUUCGGCUCCUUGGAGGCUCCCCAGAGCAGAGACUUUGGAUUCGGAUUCCUUCGCUCUUUGAAUGCAAAGCACAAGGGGGAGUACUGAAAGAAUCCAUUCUGUUGUCUGCCUCCCCCCAAUGACUUAAUGGUCUCUGUGGUGUUGGAAAGAAUCAAAAAGUCUUGUCCAGGGACAUAAUAGAUCUCUCGUUUUGGGGGGAUUUAUGGGGGAGCACUUCUCAGUUACUGUGAAAACACGAGAUCCCCGUUGAUGUUGUUGGAAGGAUAGGGGGUCCGUAUGUUAAUGUCGUAUUCGUUUUCGUCUUCCUUGCACCUCGAACAGCCUGAUAAGCUGAUAUUAUCCCCGAUUUGCGGUGUAUUCAUCAUAUAUUCGUAAUUUACGAGGGGUUUUUCUCCAAAAUGCUCUUCCGUUGACGCAAGUGUUCAAACCUAUUUUCCAAGUUUUUAUCAUUUUUCCCUUUCCUUUGCCAAUAGGUUCUCCUUGACUUUCCAUGUAGAGUAAAUACAGCAGAUAGUUGGCCCUUUGAAUGGAGAUUAAGGGAAGGCGAUUUCACCCUGUUUAAUUUUUCUUUUUGUGUGUGUUCCUGUGUGUUUUGGCUCAGUAUCUGCAUUUGUGUGGGUCCAAACGAAAUGUAUAAACUGAACGUCCUUUCACCAGAAAUUCUCCCAAAAUUGCGAGAGGGAUACAGAGAGAAAGACCCCCUUUUUCAAUGCAAAUUCAGCUCCAGGCAUAAAAUGAUUGAACAUAGGGACUAUAGGUUUUGUAGUCCCAUCGUUUUUGAAGGGUUUCCCAUUGAAAUGAAGGACUCUCCAGAGAUAGUGUUGCAUUUUGUUUUCUAGUUGGUCAACAUUAAUAGAAUGCUAUUUAAUAAAUCAGAAUGGAAGGGUUUUAUUUGCAGCCGGCGAAAUGGGGUUCUAUAUCAGGGGAAAGAAAUCCUAAAUGUACAGAAAAAGAAAUUAAAUAAGAUUAUGAUGAAA